AUGUACCUCAUUCAGCUGGCCAUUGAAUAUGCAGCGCCCGCCUUUCUCAUUUCCUCUCCCCUCACGUCCUAUGCCGACCAGAUCCUCAGCAUUCAUCGGAAUAGGAGCUCGGCGGGAUUCUCCUUGGAUAUUCCGUUAAUCAUGCUUGUCGCGUCGAUUCUCAAGGUCUUCUACUGGUUUGGAGAGUACUAUUCUGGCGCCCUGCUGGCACAGGCCUUGGUCAUGAUUGUUGUGCAGAUUGGCCUUCUUAAGGUUGCUUUGGAUAACCGGCCCGCCUCGGGCGCAAAGAACGGGAUCGAGCAUGCGCCUUUCAGCGGCGGCUCUGACGGUGAAUUCGCGCGACCAUACGAUUUCUGGCAGUGGAGGAACACGAAGCCGUACUGGUUAUUCCUGGCCUAUUUUGUGGCUAUCCUGACCGUGAUUCACCUCACCCCUAUCUCCGAAUCGGAUACCUACAUCAGCAUCCUUGGCGGCAUAGGUCUGGCAGUUGAGGCUACCCUUCCCCUUCCUCAGAUUUUGGCCAAUCACCGCUCCGGCUCGUGCAAGGGCUUCCGAGUCUCCGUUCUCGCGGCAUGGAUCAUUGGUGAUACCAUGAAGAUGAGCUACUUCUUCUUCAGCCAAGAGGCCAUCCCCUGGUCAUUCAAGCUGUGCGGUAUGUUCCAAUGCGUGUGCGACUUUUACCUGGGCUUCCAGUACUGGAUGUUCACCCGGACGACUCCUCGGGCUCCUGUCAGCUCCCACGAGCAGGAAGAGCGGUGGGGUCAAGGAGAGAAAGAUAUACGGAUGAACUAACGAGUCCGUGUUACGAGCGCAUUAUGAGCGCAUUCUGCAUUUUCUGUAGAUAUAGGGGAACCGUGGG